GCCAUCCCCCUUCGACCCGAAGACCCCCGCGGCUGCCCCCGCGAAUCGGAAAAGCUGGCGCCCAAGUCGACGACGCAACGCCUGAGCCUGAUCUCCAGACACCUGGAUCAGCGCCUGCCGUUGCCGGAGCUUAACACCCCCUACUCGACCGAGAGAAACUCGCUGGCUCCCGACGACGUCGAAUAUAAACCCAUCGAUCGCUCUGUUUCUCCUUCCCCAACUACCCCUCCAUCCACCAUGUCGACCCAAACGCCUCACAAUACUCUGUUGAUCCCGGGCCCCAUCGAGUUCGACGAUGCCGUGUUGCAGUCCAUGUCCCACUACGCCGAGAGCCAUGUGGCUCCUGGUUUUGUCAAGGUCUUCGGCGAGACUCUGGCUCUCGUGCGGAAGCUCUUCCAGUCGACCAACCCCUCCGCGCAGCCGUUCGUGAUCUCGGGUAGCGGGACCCUGGGCUGGGAUCUGGUUUCGGCGAACCUGAUUGAGAGGGGCGAGAACGCUCUGGUGCUCAACACCGGCUACUUCGGAGACUCCUUCGGCGCGUGUCUGGAGACAUACGGUGCCCAGGUGACGCAGCUGCGGGCGCCGAUUGGCGAGCGGCCAUCGCUGGAGGAGGUGGAACAGGCACUGAAGCAGAAGCCGUACAAGGUGGUCACUCUCACGCACGUCGACACCUCGACCGGGGUGCUCAGUGACGUCAAGGGAGUGGCACAGCUGGUGCGCCGAGUCAGUCCCGAGACUCUGGUCAUUGUCGACGGCGUGUGCAGUGUCGGAUCGGAGGAGAUCGCCUUUGACGAGUGGGACCUGGACGCCGUCGUGACGGCCAGCCAGAAGGCCAUCGGCUGCCCGCCGGGGCUGAGCAUUGUGAUGUGCUCGGGACGGGCGAUCCAGCGGGCACAGUCCCGCCAGACGCCGCCGGGGUCGUACUACGCGUCGAUUGCCAACUGGCUGCCCAUUAUGCAAAACUACGAGAACCACAAGCCCUCCUACUUUGCCACCCCGCCCACCCAGCUCGUGCACGCCCUGCACACCACCCUGACCCAGAUCACCGCCCGGCCCAUGGCCGAGCGCUUCGCCGUCCACACGCAGGCUUCGGACCGCGUCAAGGCCGCCGUUGCCGAGAUCGGCCUGUCGCAGCUGGCCUCCCGCCCCGAGUGCCAGGCCCACGGCAUGACCGCCAUGUACCUGCCGCAGGGCCUGGCCCCGCCGGACGUGCUGCCCGGUCUCCUGAAGCGCGGUGUGAUUUUCGCUGCUGGUCUGCACAAGGAGAUCGCGACUAAGUACAUCCGUUUCGGUCACAUGGGAGUUAGUGUUACGGACUCCAACCGCAAGGACAUUGAGAACGCCCUGGCGGCGCUCAAAGAGGCCCUCGCCGAGGCGAAGCAGGCCAAGGGGCUGUAA